AUGUCGCAGUCAGAUGAGACUCUCAGCCCUGCUGUUUCAUCAACUGGAUUCUCCACCUUUGCCGAGGCCAAAUUAUCCCUCGAUGCCGCGCUUGCAAACUACGAGUCGUCAGAUCCCGAAGAUCAUACCGACGACACGAAAAGGUUCCUUGAGGUCUGUUUUGCCUACUUCCCCCUCGAGGGGCAGGCGAAUUUAUCUGAUGAUGUGUGCGGCUGCAACGACAACGACGAAAUCCGGCAGCUUGCCAACAGCAUCGAUACAGGCCUGUUGCGGCCGUUGCUAUCCCAGGGCGGGAAGACCCCCGCCAUCACCCCAUCCCCCCGCCUCGCUUUUGAAGAUUCGGUCGAAGACCUCCACUCUCGCGACAUCACAUCAGCGACUCGAAAUGAACAAGUAUGCCUCCGCCGGGACUGUUUGAAGAGAGACGGCUAUCAAUGCACCAUCACCAAGCAUUGGAGCUCUGACCACAAUUUUCCCCCCGGCCAACCAAAAGGAACCUUACAGGCUGUCCACAUUAUCCCUUUUGCUCUUGGGAGCUUUGACACUGAUGAUGAACAGCGCCGAAUCUCUGAGAUAUGGACACAAAUCUUUCGCUAUUUUCCGAGUCUCCGGUCUACAUUUGACAUGCCAUCCGAAGCUGUGAAUCGCGAGGAUAAUAUUAUGAUGAUGGUCGAACCCUUCUAUGGCGAGUUCGGUCGCUUCCACUUUGUUCUUGAGGCCACUUCGACCCCUCAUCAAUAUCACAUCAGAACUUUCCCGCGCUUCUCAUCUGUCUGUGAAUUUUCAUUGCCAAAGGACAGGCUACUUUCAUUGACAAAUCAAUACCCGCGCGUUGAUCUCCCUGGAGCGGUUCACUUGGAGUUACAUGCAGCAAUUGGCAACAUCUUGCAUGCAAGUAGGAGGGCAGAAACAAUUGAAAAGCUCAUACGGGAUCUAGGAGAGACAGGCGUUCAUUAUCGCAAGAUGGCAGCACGAACAUCAGCAAUUUACUCUCAGUUAGUGGUCUUUCACUGCUAG